ACUAAACGUCAAUACGUAACUAACCCCUGUGCAGUGCACUGUGGGAAGUGUCCUGCACGUUGACAUUGGGGAAGCAGUGAAGCUCUGGUGAUUUCUAAGUUAAGCUUGGACAAGGCUGGCAGGUCAGGAUGGGAGCCAAUAUGUCUAGUCCAACACCCACCGUCCAGGCGGAGGCUGUGAUGGUGCCCCCUUCUUUCAGCGUGGGGGUCGCCCCUCCCCAGGGCUGCCCCAUGCACCAGGAGACCGUCAAAGUGGCGCCCCCUGCAGAGAGCCCCAUGCACCAGGCCGCAGCGGAGAAGCAGCCUGCAGCUCCAGCAGUCCCGCCUCACCAGGACAGGGCCUAUGAGUUUGUGGAGUGUCCUAUGAGGGCCGCGGCCGGCGCCAAGAGUGACAUCGACCCCACCAACAUGAUGCCCCCUCCUAACCAGAUACCAGCCCCAGACCAGCCCUUCGCCCUGCCCCAGGCCAGGCAGGAGUCUAAGAUACCCCGCGCCGGGUCGGAGAAGAACUGGGUCUACCCCUCUGAACAGAUGUUCUGGAACGCCAUGCUGCGCAAGGGGUGGCGCUGGAGAGAGGAUGACCUAGGUCCUCAGGACAUGUCAAACAUCAUCAAGAUCCACAACCAGAACAACGAGCAGGCCUGGCAGGAGAUCCUCAAGUGGGAGGCCCUUCAUGCCCAGGAAUGUCCUUGUGGCCCCUCCCUGAAGAGAUUCGGAGGCAAAGCCAAGGAGUUCUCCCCGAGAGCUCGCAUGCGUCACUGGAUGGGAUAUGAGUUACCUUUCGACCGCCACGACUGGAUUGUGGAUCGCUGUGGGAAGGAGGUGCGCUACGUUAUCGACUACUACGACGGCGACAUCAACAAGGACACCUACGAGUUCUCCAUCCUGGACGUCCGGCCCGCCUUCGACUCCAUGGACGCCGUCUGGGACCGGAUGAAAGUGGCCUGGUGGCGGUGGACCUCAUAGACGCACACUCGGCACGUUGGCACAGGAUGAGGACUUUUGGUGAAGACGACCUCUCGUCGGACAGCGCGUUUCAAUACCAAGAUCUACGUGUCACCUGUCUGCACCUGUCUGUACUCACAUUGUAUGUCAUUACUCUCACAAGCAAUAGCAGCUUGACAUUUCUAAUCAUAUUGAUUUCUGUGUGCCAGGUGCUGUCUGGAGUGCAGGUGAGCGUGUGUGUGUGCUUGUUUAAGGGUUAGCUGGGUCACAUGUCUGUCCCUGUCAACGGGUGGAUAUAUAAUUGAGGACAUUGUGUGAUUGAUUUAAUGAAACAUCCUUGCCCCUGAAAUGAAAGCUGUGAUGAAGUCCAUCCAGCUGAACAUGUGAUCAUUGAUUGGACCCCAGGUCUGGUUCUGUUGUCUCUGUACAAUGGCAGGAGGGUAGAGCUCAGUGGUUAGAGCAUAGGGAUCGCAGAUUAAGGGGUCCUAGCUAAAUUUGAACAAUAUUAGUGUUAUUAUUGCGCAGAACUGCUUUGUUCAAAAAGUGAGGAUUGCGGGUGUGUUUAUUUCAGCCUAGAUAGUUCCUUUCCCCUUUUUCCUAUUGUUUUAUAUUGGUCAGUGUUGCUGUGCUAAGGUUUAGUCAAACGGGGAAGAUUUCAGUUGAAUACAUUUGUGUUAAAGAACUCAUUAACUCACUAUACACUUAUCAGUCUGGCAUGAUCAAAUAAUACAAAUGUAUUCAACAAGGAUAUUAUCCCACACAAGACCCUGAAAUCGAGUUAUGGAAUGUAUUCAUACUGCAGAAGAACUAAAGUCAAGACACCAACCUUUGUACUAUGCAGAGAUUGGAGUAGACUUCUGUUAUAUAGCUCAACAGUACUCCAUUAUACCUUUUUGGGUUCAUCUGCUUUUUACUUGGUCUUCAUUUACGAUGUAUUUGCUGAUGUUACUGCCUCGGUUGUGGGGCUGUUAGCUUUUCCAGAAGCUGAUUAUUUAUUAUGUUUGUGAAGAUGACAUCUCCGUGUGUGUAAUCUGAUACUUCUGUCCCCAAAUACUAGGGGUGGGGAAAAAAUAGAUAAAAUCUUCUAGCUAUUCACAUCAUUUCACAGAUUUAGAAAAUAAAUUUUUAUUUUUAUUUUAUGUAAGCAUAUUGAAUCGAAAUUUGAUUAAAGGUUUGAGGCACCAAAAGAUUCCCCACCCAAAUAGACGGUAAGCUGCACAUUUUUGUUUAAUAUUUAACCGUGUUGCAGAAAUAAAUAAGUCUAUUCAAGAAAAGUC